GUUAUCGUAUUAUUCUGCUAAUUGUGCAACGUGUUUAGGUAAAUCAAAGAGCAAAGACUUAAGAUGAAAGUAGAAGCACUGGAUAAAUUCUGGACUGACAAGAGUCGCUAUGAUGUCGCAGAAAAGCGGUUCUACGAGGGCCCUCAAAAGGUAACUGAUCGCAGCCACAUCAGCCCAUUAGUAAGCGAAAUCGCAAAGGCUAGGGAACACAUACAAAACUCGCUGGAAAAGAUUGAUGGUGUUACCCUGGAUGAUGGCCCGAGCUCCCAGCUUACCAGCCGACUGACUCAAUUAGAAAACGAAACCAAGGAGUUAAAAUCCCAGAUUUCCACCCUAACCCAACUUCUAAACACCGUGGUAAAACGGUUGGAUACUGUUGAAGUUGUUAAAGCUGUUGAAGAACCCGAAACGAAAAAACAAGAAUCAAACAACAAAGAUGAGGACGAUGAUGUCGACCUUUUCGGUUCGGAAAGUGAAGAGGAGGAAGAGGAGGCAGCCCGCAUUAGGGAGGAAAGACUGGCAGCUUAUGCUGCCAAAAAGGCCAAGAAAGUUCAAAUUAUUGCCAAGUCCAAUAUCAUUCUGGACGUAAAGCCAUGGGACGAUGAAACCGACCUUAAAGUUAUGGAGACGGAAAUCCGAAAAAUCACUCAGGAUGGACUAUUGUGGGGAGCUUCCAAGUUCGUCCCAGUUGCCUUUGGCAUCCAGAAACUUAGCAUUUCCUGCGUGGUUGAGGACGAUAAAGUUUCGAUUGAUUGGUUGACCGAGGAAAUCGAAAAAUUGGAAGACUUUGUUCAAAGUGUUGACAUUGCGGCAUUCAACAAAAUUUAAAAAACAUACAUAUAUUUUUUUAAAAUCAGAUUCGAAAUUACAUCAAUGUUUUUGGGAGUCAUUUAAAUAAAUGUUUUGAUAAACUGA